AUGCAAGCAUCGAGGUCAAAGGCAACGCGAUCUCCACAUAGAAAUACCAGUGGGACGUUAUCCGCUAGUGCUCCCGCCUCAUCAUUCUUAGAGACGAUUACUAACCGGGUAGCUACAAAGUAUGGUGUUUCCUUUUUCCUCAUCAAACUCGGCGAGGAGAAGGCAGUACAUGGCACAGAGCUGCAAGAAACUCUUAUAGCGACAGGUAAGAGAGCUGUAUCUGAGAAGAAUCCUAACAAGGUUCAGGAGGUGGAAAAACUGCGUCAGAGCGCUGAAGCGUGGAGCAAUAGCUGGAUCCGUUCGCUAGAUCCUCUGCGUUCUCAGUCAGAGCAACAGUUCCGAGUUCGUCCGCUCCUACCUGCGGCAUUGUUACUUCUUUUAGCUGAUAUCGGACUUGUAAAAGCAAGUGAAUCCCUUUGCUUGUUGGGCGUCCUCGAGCCUGCGGCAGCCGUAGAGCAACAUUGUCGCCGCAGUGUCGGGACGUCGGCGACGAAAAAAACCACACUCCAACCAAUCAUUUCUUUAUGCAUCAAUGCACUUGAGGGAAUCGUCGACGUCACGGAGCGGCUGUCGCAACAAGCCAAAGCAAUGUAUCGUCACACGUCCAAAAAGAAUGCAGCUAAUCAAGGUAUGGAAAUGACAUCGAGCGACAGCCAGGGCGCCGAAGAUGACGAAAAUUGGGCUGAAAAAUGUUGGCCGCGGUUCUUUCUUUUGUCGCCAUGUGUCCCGUAUGCUUCAUUGCGGGACGUGGUGAAUCGUGUUGCCAGAGAGGAGGGGGUAAGUACUUUGGCUACAACGUGUGGGGCUGGUGAGGCGUGUGAGGUACUGCUGGUGUAUGAUUUUAGACACCUUACGUUUCCUGGCAUUGGAGAGCACGUACCAGAUCAUAAUCCUGAGAUAUGGGGGCGCGUUAAAUACCAACAGAAGCAGCAAGAAUGCAAUAAUGGAGUGGUAACGGAUGGAGAAGUUGAAGUGGCGAACGGUAAUGGCAGUUCAGAAGAAUGUGAUGAGCUAUUUUUUAUCGCCCACACGCUGGAAGAUUACCUACGACUCGGGAGCUCCUUCUCGUGGGUAUAUGGAUGGCAGCUUUGUUACGCCUCUCAGGGCCCACCACCACGCUCGCUUCCAUGGCUGAAGUUAUUUGCCCCUAGUGCACUUGCAGCAGUUGUUGCCUCCAACACGAUAGUAAAAGGUAGUGAGCCCGCUAGAAACGUUGGAGCCAGUGCCCAAGUGUCGGAUGCUGCUGUGAGGAAAACAGCAGCAAGAUCGUAA